AUGGGGCGCUGGGGCCAUUUUGAAGAUCACUCCCUCAAACCGACCGCGACACCACGGCGAUCACAAUGCAACGAUGCGACGAUGGAGGUGGUAUAUAAGCAGGCCCUGAAACUGGCAGCUCCACUGUUACUGCUGCUGGCAGUAACCGUCCUUGCGGGCAAAGAACCGGGCAAACCGGCCGACAGCGUGGCCAUCGCGAGCCAACCAAAGUCGCAGCAAUCAGCUGCCCCAUCCCAGACGAAGAAGACGACCCACGGAAAGCGGGAGAUUGGAAGCUACGGACUACACCACCAGCCCCAGUCCGUCCAUCGGUAUUCCUCCUUUGGCCACGCACAACCCUUGUCGGAGCUGUACACUCCGGCCACCAGCCACGGAGCAUACAGCUACAGCAUACCAGCCCAUUCGUCCUUCCCAUCGCUUGGAUCAUCACCGCACAAGCUGUUCCUUGGUUCGCCAAGCACCAGCUACAAGUACGCACCGUCCGUGGCCUCGUCGCACGCUUUCUUCACACCCCUGGGACACCACCAUCUUCCGCAGCAGCAUUCGUUUAAUGGAUUCCCGGAACCGGCUCCCGUCAAGUACGGAAGCUUCGGCACGAAGGAUCUCUCCGAUCUGUUGAAACAGCUGCACGCCGUUGGUCCGCUCACGAUCAAGACCAUCCCGAACAGCUACGCCUACGGAUCGUUCGGGGAACAUCACGAGUCCAGCCCGCUGCUCUUCGAUAACACCAAUGCGCUCCACCUGAAGCCGAUGACGAUCAAGAUCCAGGAGCUACCGAGCCUUCCCUCCUUCGGCCAUUCGAGCCUCCCACAAGCGGCCGCUCUCACCGCACCCGCCGGUCCGACCUCCUCUUCGUCCACCUAUGGACACGUUUCGCACGGUCUCACCUACGAACCAUCGUACGCCAGCGGAGUCAAGGGUCUUCGCCACUAUUCCACCUCGAAUGGACCCGCGAGCGAGCAACUCUACUCCAAGUACACGACCGGUCUGAACCUGCACACUCAUCACAACCAGCAGCCGGCCGGCGCCACGAUGGUGUCCCCACUGCACACCUCCGUCCACUCGACCAUCGGCAACCAGAAGCCCUUCAAACCGUCCACCUACCUCGGGUCCACGCACGAAACCAUCUCGGCCCCGUCGACGGCGCACGCCCACACACAUCCGCUACCCUCGGGUUCCUAUCUGGCCCCCUCGCUCCAGUACCUUCCCCCCGUGAGCAAGGUACCGCAGCAUCCGCACAAGCUCAGCUACGACUCACCGGCCAAGCACGGAUACCUACCGCCUGCGCCACCAUCGACCAACGCCUAUCUACCUCCGCACGGAAAACCAACGAACACUUACCUGCCCCCCGGCGGAAGUGGAAACUCGAACUACAUCCCACUGUCGUCCUCCUCGGCACCGUCAUCUAGCGGAUCGCACGAGGACACCGUCCGGAAGCCGCACCAUCACCAGCAUCUUCACUCCGAGCAGUCCGGGGAGAGCCUCGAGUACAGCGGUGCCACCGUGGCGGCCGCAACACCUACCGCAGUAACGCCACACCACUGGAAGCACUAAGCGAACGUGCGGUGUGGAAAAAUACUCAUUUCCUUACGGGGGCACGGAUGAGGGAGGGUUUAGUUCUUAAGGCAGCCACAACAUUCCCAGCCACAGCAUCACCCGUUUCUCGAAGGUAGCGCGUGUUGCAUUUCCCCCUCCUUUAAGGCUCAAUUAAGGCGCACCGUCAUGGUUGUGUUUUUUUCCAACUUUCCUUCUACGCCCAAAUCGAAGACCAUUUUGCCAUGCGGCCUUACGAACUGUUUUCGACCAGAAAGAGUAUAAUAGCGAGGAUAAGCAAGUAUGUUUGUGCCCUCUAUAAUUGGAUUAUUUUGUGUGUUACACCUCACUUGCAAAUCUACUCCUCCCGUACCUCAGCCCGGCCAAACAACACCCGACGGAGAAAAUGCUUCAUUAUGCAACCGUUUUGAAAGCGGCACACGGUGAUAAGAAACAGUUUAGUAAUUAUAUGUUAACUUAUGUGUUAAAUAAUGAUAUUUAAAAAUGACGCGCCAAAAGAAAAUCAAUUGCCGGAACGGUCGCUACCGUUCGUCACCGACACACGAACGAGAGAUUAAUAAU